GUUUGCAGCCACUUAUAUAUAUAUAUACAAUAACUACUGGAGUAAUGGCGGCUCUGAAAUACGCAGGUAUGGACGAUACAGACAGUGAAGAUGAGUUACCGCCCGGGUGGGAAGAGAGGUCCACUAAAGAUGGAUGGGUCUACUAUGCGAGCCAUGAUGAGAUGAAGACACAGUGGGAACACCCCAAGACUGGAAAGAAAAAGCGUUGUGCUGGAGAUUUACCGUAUGGCUGGGAGCAAGAAACCGAUGAAAAAGGACAGAUCAUUUAUGUUGAUCACAUUAACAAGCGGACCACAUAUUUUGAUCCGCGUCAGGCGUUCACAGUCGAGGAUGUGGUGGUGAAGCCAAAGCGGUACGAUGGCAACACUAGUGCUCUGGAGAUCCUGCAAGGUCGCGACUUCUCUGACAAGGUUGUCGUCAUCACCGGGGGCAACUCGGGCGUCGGCUUUGAGACAGCCAGGACUUUUGCUCUUCACGGCGCCCAUGUGAUUCUGGCGUGUCGGAACCUCUCCCGGGCCAUCAAGGCCAGUAGCCUCAUACAGCAGGAGUGGCACAGAGCACGAGUGGAAGCCAUGAUGUGCGACCUGGCCUCUCUCCGCAGUGUCCGCGAGUUUGCUGAGUCGUUCAAGGCCAAGAAGCUGCCCUUGCACAUCCUGGUGUGUAAUGCAGGAGUGUGCACUCAACCCUGGAGCCUGACGGAGGAUGGCCUGGAGUCCACCUUCCAGAUCUGCCACCUGGGCCACUUCCUUCUUGUCCAGUGCCUACAGGACGUGCUGCGCAGCUCAGCGCCCUCCCGCGUUGUUGUCGUGUCUUCAGAGUCUCACAGGUUCACGGACCUUUUAGACACGUGUGGUAAGGUGGACCUCUCGAUGCUGUCCCCCCCGAAGAAGGAGUACUGGUCCAUGCUGGCGUACAAUCGGGCCAAGCUCUGUAACGUUCUGUUCAGCCAUGAGCUCAACCGCCGCCUCUCGCCUCAUGGCGUCACCUCCAACGCAUUGCAUCCUGGGAACCUGAUGUACACCUCAAUCCACCAGAGCUGGUGGCUGAUGACUUUUCUCUUCACGCUGGCCAGACCUUUCACCAAGUCCAUGGUCACCUCACGAGAGAGAAAGAAAGACGGAGGGAGGAUUAGAAACAGCAGAGGAGGUGCAACAGAGAAGCGGUACUCCGUGUGUGCACGAGGGAGAGAGGGGAUGUCUUAAUCAUGUCACCUGCCUGCCGUUCCACUCGACUGCAGCACCUUUGGGUUUCUCCCUGUUUACGCUCCUGCACCUUCCUCCCCUGCGUGUGUGCUCUGGGAAGACUCUGGGAAGAGGAAAAGCAUGAUGAGUGGGGAAGGAGAAGGAGAGGAGUAGUGGUGAAUCAAGAUGCAGGAGAAAGUGUUCUGGAGGUGGAGGAGGGACAGAGACAGAAUUAGGUUAUUGGAAGGGAAGGGAGACACGGGUUAAAAACAAGCAGGAGACUGGAGGGAGAGGGAAGUGUUAAAGAAGAGGAGUGGAGGAGUGGGGAAUAGAGGGAGUGUGUCUUCCCAGGAGUGAGCAGGCUGUCUUGUCGAGUAGUUCAUCAUUGUGUCCCCGGUGACUGUGUCUGUGGCCUGGCCCCGCUGUAGCUAUAAUAAGACAUAAAUAAGGAACAAGACUGCCUUAUCUACACUGUGGCCCCCAUCUCUUUCUCUCCAUUUCCCUCUCAUCCUCGUGCCGCAGCAGAUGUAGAGUUGUGCUGUUAAGAAGUGUUUUCCCACCAUGUUCACCACUGCCACUAUCUGAUGACCCAGAGUCACCAUGAACCCAGAACUCACACAGUGGAGGCUGCCUAUCCUAACUUCAUUACUACAGAUAAUGUC